AUGCAAACCGACAAAACGACUGACCUCAGUGACAGUGCCUUCGAUCAGUUGGAAGACGAGAAGUUGCAGGAGGCCGCCCUCAUGGCCAAGCCGAAGGGUUAUCUUUCAGCUGACAACAACCUGAUGUUCAACGAGGGUAUCUCUGCCAACCUAAAGCUUCAUUCAACCUAUCGACAGCAGCUCAGCACCAACAGCCUGGCGCCAACAACAUCGCUGACCUCACCUAACUCCUGGAGUGGUAGAAGAAAUCGAUCGAUUGUGGCCUUGAAACGUCCUAUCUUUAUCUUCGUUAACGGCUCUUUCGCGAACAACGUAGACCUUUCAUUAAAGAUUGGACUUAUAACCCUGCUAGCAAACAAGAGAAGGUUGACGACAAUUGCAACACCUUCAAGCCUAAUGGGAAUAUUAUCUAUUUCUGCAUUACUAAGUCCAACAAGUCACUCAAACCAUGCUGGCCUCCAAGGUAUACAGGAUGGUUGCUGGGGCCGACAUAGUAGUUGCUAUCUCCUCCACUAUAAGGGUAAUACCAUGAAAGCAGGGAAUAGCUUCAACCCCAACCGGCACGUGUACCGACUUAUACCCCCUAUACAAGGUAAGUGGGUUGUAAAGCUAGGCACUACUGUGAAGAAAUGCCUCACGAUUGACAUUAUGGCAUUGCGACAGUCACACAAGCGACGAGAUCUGACGGAGGUCAGAUUGAUUGAUAGGAGUUAUAACCUGUCGGACGCAAUGAAGAAGAGCAACCCUAACGCUGCGCUUGAGCGCCCUAUCUCUGAAAAUAAUGUUACUGUUUGA